CUGCUCAGUUUCAUGGAACAAGAGUUUGUUUGAGCAGGGAAAAUGUCGGUUGUAGGUUUUGACGUCGGCUUUAUGAACUGCUAUGUAGCAGUAGCAAGAGCCGGGGGGAUUGAAACUGUCGCUAACGAGUACAGCGACCGAUGCACACCAGCGUGUGUUUCGUUUGGACCCAGGAAUCGAUCAAUUGGUGCAGCUGCAAAAAGUCAGAUUGUCACAAAUUCCAAGAACACAGUCCAGGGGUUCAAGAGGUUCCAUGGCAGAGCAUUUUCAGAUCCUUUUGUGCAGUCCCUCAAAAACAGCCUGGUCUAUGAUAUUGCACAGAUGCCAUCAGGAACAACCGGCAUCAAGGUGAUGUACAUGGAGGAGGAGAAGGUGUUCAGCAUCGAGCAGGUCACUGCCAUGCUGCUGACCAAGCUGAAGGAGACAGCAGAGAAUGCACUGAAGAAGCCUGUGGCGGACUGUGUUGUGUCUGUCCCUUGCUACUACACGGAUGCUGAGAGGAGAUCGGUGAUUGAUGCAGCUCAGAUCGCUGGACUCAACUGUCUGAGGCUCAUGAAUGAGACAACUGCAGUUGCUUUGGCAUACGGAAUCUACAAGCAGGACCUCCCUGCCCCGGAGGAGAAAGCCAGGAACGUGGUGUUUGUGGACCUGGGUCACUCUGGAUAUCAGACUUCAGUGUGUGCCUUUAACAAGGGCAAACUCAAGGUCCUCGCCACAGCCUGUGACCCGCUGCUGGGAGGAAAAGAUUUUGACGAGGUUCUGGUCAAUCACUUCUGUGAGGAGUUUGGCAAGAAGUACAAACUCGAUGUGAAGUCUAAGCCCAGGGCUCUGGUCAGGCUCUACCAGGAGUGUGAAAAACUGAAAAAGCUAAUGAGCGCCAACUCGUCCGACCUGCCGCUGAACAUCGAAUGCUUUAUGAACGACAUCGAUGUCUCUGGACACAUGAACAGGGGUCACUUUGAAGAGAUGUGUGUUGAAAUUUUGGCCCGAGUUGAGCCUCCUCUGCACAGCCUGUUGGAACAGGCCAAACUGAAAAAGGAAGACGUCUAUGCGGUAGAAAUAAUAGGCGGAGCUUCCAGAAUCCCAGCUGUUAAAGAGAGAAUCAGCAAGUUCUUUGGGAAAGAGCUGAGCACCACCCUGAAUGCUGAUGAAGCAGUGGCUAGAGGAUGUGCCCUGCAGUGUGCAAUACUUUCUCCUGCCUUCAAAGUCAGAGAAUUCUCCAUCACAGACGUUGUUCCUUAUCCGAUCUCUCUGAAGUGGCAUUCUGCUGCAGAGGAAGGUUUGAGUGAUUGUGAGGUGUUUCCUAAGAACCACCCAGCACCUUUCUCCAAAGUGCUGACCUUCUACCGGAAAGAGCCGUUCACCUUGGAGGCGUACUACAGUAAUCCCAGCGAGCUGCCUUAUCCUGACCCCACUAUUGGUCAGUUUGUGAUCCAGAAAGUUGUCCCGCAGGCAUCUGGGGAGAGCUCAAAGGUGAAAGUCAAGGUGCGAGUGAACAUUCAUGGCAUCUUCAGCGUGUCCAGCGCCUCUCUGGUUGAAGUGCAAAAGUCUGAUGAGGGGGAAGAGCCCAUGGAAACGGAACAGGCCAGCGACAAAGACGCAGAGAACAAGAUGCAGACAGACCAGGCUGGGCAGCAGACUCAGGCGGAGGCUCCAAAAGAAACAGAAGAGAAGACGCCGCCAGAGAGUGAGGAGAUGGAAACGAGCACGGAGGAGAACAAGAGUGAGAAGAAGUCCGACCAGCCCCCUCAGGCCAAAAAGGCCAAAGUCAAAACAAAAGUGAUGGAGCUUCCCAUAGAAAACAGCCCUCAGUGGCAGCUAGCGAACGACAUGCUGAAUCUGUUUGUAGAAAACGAGGGUAAGAUGAUCAUGCAGGACAAGCUGGAGAAGGAGAGGAAUGAUGCAAAGAAUAACGUGGAGGAGUACGUGUAUGACAUGAGGGACAAGCUGCACGGGAUGCUGGAGAAGUUCGUUGGUGAAUCUGAUCGAGACGCUCUGUCAUUAAAGCUGGAGGACACUGAGAACUGGCUUUAUGAGGAUGGAGAGGACCAGGCCAAACAGGUUUACAUCGACAAGCUGGCCGAGUUGAAGAAACUGGGUCAGCCCAUCCUGGAGCGGUACUUGGAGGCUGAAGACAGACCCAAAGCUUUUGAGGAGCUGGGGAAACAAAUUCAGCAAUACAUGAAAUUUGUUGAGGCGUACAAAAUGAAGGAUGAGCUGUACGACCAUUUAGAUGAGGCGGAUGUCAACAAGGUCGACAAGCUGGCGACCGAUGCGAUGAUGUGGAUGAACAGUGCCAUGAACCAGCAAAGCAAGCAGAGCCUGACUGCAGACCCAGUUUCUAAAGUUAAAGACAUCAGAGCAAAGACGAGGGAGGUGUUCACUGCCUGUAACCCUAUUGUGACCAAGCCCAAACCAAAGGUGGAGCUCCCCAAGGAGGAAACGCCUGCAGAGCAGAAUGGUCCCGUCAAUGGACAGGAGAAGCCCCAGGAGGAGCCUGCAGAGAAGGAAGCAACUGAAAACACAGGGAAUCCAGCCUCAGAAACUACGGAGAACAAACCCGAUAUGGACCUUGAUUAAAGCAGCCCGGUUGUCUCCUGUUGCAAAGCUAAACAGGAGCUGGUGGAUUCAGACUGAGAUGCGGCCUGGCUGCAUAUCAGAGCUGGAGGAGUGUUAUAGGAACUGCACUCGACAGUCAAUGACAGGCACACCCAGCUCAGCCCGUGGUGGCACAUCUGUCUGAUGAUAAAGCAUGCCCUCUGUCUUUCUGGAUGACCUAAAUCAAAAACCAGCUGCAAAUACUCUGUUUGAUAAUGAGCGCUGUACACAUGAUGGUAUUUAUUUCUGUUGUGUGCUCUGUAACUGUUCUGGUCCGUGUCACAAUAUGGUUUUAAUAAAGUGAUUGAAACUCUCA